AUGGACCAUGCGCAGUCGCCAUCAGACCCGAAGCCUGGCAAAGACAACAACGGGAAAACCAAGUAUCGGGUCCAAAAGCCCCAGGACUCCCGGGCUAAGUCUCGCCGGCCGGCCACCAUUAGUGCGUCCGGAAUCCACAGCGACGAUGUUGGAAUCUUCGUCACAUGCGACAAAGGUCAGGAGAGGAAAUGCUUGCAAGAGCUAUCUGACUUGUUGGAUGAGUUGCUUGCUGCUGAUACAGGUUGCCAAGCCGUGGAGGCAAGCCCGGACAUCCAGCGAGACAAGGAUGACGUGGAGGUCGAUAUUGAGGCCGACAUCCUUGCCGAAUUGGACUCAUUGAAAUCUAAACGGGAACCUCAAAACGGCUUGUCGCCAAAAUUAGCCUUCAUUACGCUUGAUAUUCCGUGCGUCUCCUUCGUGCGGUUUCCUAGCAACAGCUCCCUUGACCCCGUCGACAUAGUCAGUAAAUUAUGCCUCCUAGCCUCAAACAAGGCAGGAGCUGGACCACGAAGCCGCUAUAUCAAAAGACUCACCCCUGUUACCUUGAUCCGGAAGACCUUGAACGAUGGCCUGCAUUCCCUCUGUGACAAGGUUCUUCCCAGGCACUUCCUGGUCGACGAUGACAACAAGUCGAGCUCGGAACAGGAGGACGAAUCUAAGCAGCAACCAUGCAAAUUCGCCAUCCGCCCCACGAUCCGCAACAACAAUAAAAUCAAUCGAGAUGAAGUCAUUCGGGUGGUCGCUGACAAGAUCGUCGGUCUGGGCCAGGGGAAGCAUUCUGUAGACUUGAAAGGUUAUGAUAAGCUCGUCCUUGUCGAUGUGUAUCGGAACGUGAUUGGUAUGAGCGUUGUUGGGAGCGAAUAUCAGACACUGAAGAGAUUCAAUUUGGCCGAGAUCCAUGCAAGCCACUUUGACGAGGCCGACAAGAAGCGCACAGAUGAUGAAAGUUGA